CCAUUUGUAGCGGCGCUAGAGGCUGCGUUCGCCAGGCGCUACGGAGACGGUGGACUAGCGCGCCCCUCGACCGCUGCUGCUCCGGGUUCUUGCGGUUUCCCCGCUUUUCCGUGCCUCGGGCAGGACUUGGCCAGCCUGGGCGCUGCGCUGCCCUACGCACCAGUGUUCCCAGCAGCUCCGGACGCCCGGGACCCCCGCCCGGCUGCUCGCCCGCAGCCCGCCGGCCGCACACGAACCCGGAGCCGGGCCUAGGGCGGGCAGCAGCUCGGCGUGGCCGGGCUGGGCUCGGUGGCGUCCCCAUGGCCGCGGCCGGCUGGCGGGACGGCUCUGGCCAGGAGAAGUACCGGCUCGUGGUGGUCGGCGGGGGCGGAGUGGGCAAGUCGGCGCUCACCAUCCAGUUUAUCCAGUCCUAUUUUGUGACGGAUUAUGAUCCAACCAUCGAGGAUUCCUACACAAAGCAGUGCGUGAUAGAUGACCGAGCAGCCCGGCUGGACAUUCUAGACACAGCGGGACAAGAAGAGUUUGGAGCCAUGAGAGAACAGUACAUGAGAACUGGCGAGGGCUUCCUGUUGGUCUUUUCAGUCACAGACAGAGGCAGUUUUGAAGAAAUCUAUAAGUUUCAAAGACAGAUUCUCAGAGUAAAGGAUCGUGAUGAGUUUCCAAUGAUUUUAAUUGGUAACAAAGCAGAUCUGGAUCAUCAAAGACAGGUAACACAGGAAGAAGGACAGCAGUUAGCACGGCAACUGAAGGUGACUUACAUGGAGGCCUCAGCGAAGAUUAGGAUGAAUGUAGACCAGGCUUUCCAUGAACUUGUCCGGGUUAUACGGAAAUUUCAGGAGCAGGAGUGUCCUCCUUCACCGGAACCAACACGGAAAGAAAAAGACAAGAAAGGCUGCCAUUGUGUCAUUUUCUAAGAAUCCCUUGAGUUUUAGCUACCAACUGCCAGGAAGAGCCCUCAUCUUCUCUCCUCGUGGUUUACGUCCCAUUGGCACCUUUCUAGCCUUAGCCAGAUGAUCACUGUGGUAGCCUUAGACCAAGCAGCUGGCUAGUCCUUUCCGUGAAGCUAAUCCUAUGGUCAUUUCAGGACAGAUUUAAGGAAACACUAAGGCUGCUUCAAAGAUUAUUGGAUUAUUUUAAAACAUACAUCUGUACACACAGACACAUUCUUUUUGAAGGGCUUACAUUUUAACAAGGAUGAAUCAGAUUUGGAACGUAAGCUGUUUGCCAAGCUGAAGUCAUAGGUUUUGAAAUAACUUGUAACUUCUGGAAUCAUAUUCCCUACUGUUACUCUAAAUAGAAACAGGGAGGUUUUUCUUUUAAUGUGAAUUGCUGCCUAUCUAAAACUUUUGACGUCACCUUCAGUUACCUUAAGUACACUGAACUGACUCCUCAGGAGUGAGACAUCUCAGAUCUUCACAGCCUUUGUUUUCUAGUGGCCAAAAUACCAAAAUGCCAAUGUAUUUAUGAAUUGAAAGCUACUUUAAAAGCCUUUAUUAUUACGCCUACUCUCAAAGAUGAAAAUAUUCUGUGUGGCCAAUACUCGGACUCAUUCUGGACGCAGGCAUUUCAGUGUUCUGGAUUUUCUAAUUUAAGUCUUUUGACAACCUUGUUGAGAGUAAAAAUAAAGAGUUUAUGUCUGUCUUCCUUUGUAAGUAUUUCUGGAUAAAGGAUUCAUAAAAACUAAAACUGUUUUUGUUUGUAAUAUAAAAUAUGGAGUUGAUCUUUCCAGAGUCAGAGAUGAUUAAUGUUUUUGCAAUAUACUUUUAUACAUUAUUUUCUUAUCAAACUAGUUAACAAGUAUUUUUAUAUGUUUGUAAGCAACUAUGCUUUCACAGCAUACCUUGUGUAUAUGUAAAGAUAAGUAUUUAAUUCUCACUGUUCACUUUUAACUGACAAAGGAAAACCGUGAAAACUACAGAAACUGUGGUAGAACUGUACUCACUGUUCUGGUCCUGGUUGUAUAUGCCUUUGGCCAGUCACAUAGCUCCUCGAGACACCUCCCCAGCAGAGUACAGCAGGAUGAGGAGCUGAAAUCACUUCCGACAUCCCUGCUAGAGACUGACUGUUGUAUCAAAUAGUGCGUGUAAAACUUUAAAUUGACAAUUAGUGUGACUGUGGAUGGCUUCUGAUUUUGUUUUUAAUUCUGUGGAUUGUGUUUAAACAAUUCAAAAGUAUGUUCCUGAUUUGGAGAUGCUAAGUGGUAUUGCACAGUUGUCACUUUAUUAAACGUGUACAACAGUCCCAUGAGGUUUAUAAAGCAUACCCUUGUGUAGCUUCAGGUGCUAGAAUUAAAAUCGCUGUGUUAUCACAA